CCACGCCAUCGUUAAGAGUUCAUUAUUGGUCCGUUCGACUAAGUCUUCUCCAGUUGGCUGCCUGCCUGCCUGCCUGCCCACCUUUUCUUUUCUUUUGUUUGUCCAUCGGAACACCUGUUCGAUUAGAGUCCACUCUGAUGUUAGACAUUGAUGGCUUCCCCACCCCCAUCGUGGCCGCUAGAACGGGAAGACGAUCUGAUGCAAUGUUUACCUUGUACCAAAUACGAUCAUAAAUACGACUGUACGGGUGGCCGUUGAUCCAUGGGCCAUCGGACCUCCAGAUUUCGCCGUCUCGUCCUUCCAUCCCAUUCCGACUCUCCUCUUCCAAGUCAACGCCACACCACCAUGAAGUUAUGGACAGUCCUUAGGGUUCUACCUCGGCUUUUCAUUUCAGUUCAUUUCAAGAUUUGGAACUUCCCAUUCGUCCAGAAUCCGGUGUUAUAAUAAAUUAUGCCUGUCAAUUAAGAUCCGGGCAAGAAAAUGUUUUGGGAUUUCUCUAUCUUUAAUUAUCAUCAACAUGGCUGCCAUAAUGGAGCGUGCUGAUGAAAAUCUCCUUCCAGCUGUUUACAAGGAAGUUAGUGAGGCUUUCAGUGCUGGCCCAUCUGAUCUCGGGUAUCUCACUUUCAUACGGAACUUUGUGCAGGGACUGGCAUCACCUGUGGCAGGUAUACUAGUACUCAAUUAUGACCGGCCUACAAUUCUUGCAAUGGGCACCUUGUGCUGGGCCCUAUCAACCGCUGCAGUGGGUGCGAGCCAGCAUUUUAUGCAAGUUGCACUCUGGAGAGCAGUAAAUGGCUUUGGACUAGCAAUUGUGAUACCAGCACUCCAAUCAUUCAUUGCUGAUAGUUAUAUGGAUGGCGUCAGGGGAGCUGGAUUUGGGUUUAUGAGUCUUGUUGGGAAUAUUGGUGGCAUUGGGGGUGGAGUUCUCGCAACAGUCAUGGCUGGUUACCAGUUCUGGGGCAUUCAAGGUUGGCGAUGUGCCUUUAUUUUGAUGGCAUCUUUGAGUUCCCUUAUUGGGUUCCUUGUUUUCCUGUUUGUUGUUGACCCAAGACGAAGAAUUAGCUUGAGUUAUGGUACUGGUGAAUAUUCUGAUAGGGAAGAUUUUAUAGAUAAAGGCAACACAAAUUCAGCUUCAAUUAGGCUGGAAUCCUGGAUAGCUAUGAAAGCUGUCAUGAAAGUCCAGACAUUUCAGAUCAUUGUUUUACAGGGCAUUGUUGGUUCCCUACCUUGGACAGCCAUGGUGUUCUUCACAUUGUGGUUUGAACUAAUUGGUUUUAAUCAUAAUAGCGCAGCCACACUCCUCAGUCUUUUCGCUGCUGGAUGUGCAAUUGGAUCCUUCCUUGGUGGCAUAGUAGCAGAUGGAAUGUCAAAAAUCUAUCCUGAGUAUGGCCGCGUCAUGUGUGCACAGUUCAGUGCUUUCAUGGGCAUUCCUUUCUCAUGGUUCCUGCUCACAGUGAUCCCACAAUCAGUCAGCAGCUAUUUUACCUUUGGUGCCACCCUCUUCCUUAUGGGUCUUACCAUCAGCUGGUGUGCCACAGCUGCAAAUGGUCCCAUGUUUGCGGAGGUGGUACCUGCCAAGCACCGAACCAUGAUCUACGCGUUUGAUCGUGCCUUUGAAGUUUCUUUUUCUUCUUUUGCGGCUCCUCUGGUGGGGAUUCUUGCAGAGAAGAUGUUUGGCUAUGAUUCAAAGGCGGUGGAUUCGGUUUCAGGCUCUACAAGCGAGGCCUUGGCGUUGUCAAGAGGGCUUCUUUCCAUGAUGGCAAUCCCAUUUGGUUUGUGUGCCUUGUUCUACACACCAUUGUAUUGGGUUUUCAGCCGAGACCGUGAUAAUGCUAGAAUCGCUAACAUAAAAGAGGUGGAGACGACGUGACCAGGUGUCUAGUAAUUUUGUGUCUUGCCGACAAGCUGUGUUUUAAUGUAAGUUAACUGAUGUUGUGAGAAGUACAGCUUUGAGUUGUGGCUAGCUAGGACGUUAUAUUGGAGGUUUCCGGGGAUCUUUUUUUUUUUUUUAAUGAAUGUCCUCUCUACUCUUCAUAAUGAAGUUGCAUCUCAGAGACCAUUUUCUUAACAUAAUUCCAGACUUCAUUCUUAA